AUGGCGUGUCCGUCGCAAGGCAAUAUUACCAUGCGCGGAAACGAUCCGAUGAGUCGCCACUGGAGUCUACGCGCUCGAAUCCAAGUCAAGGACGGUCCGUCGCAAGUCCGCCGUGAAUAUGUUGAUCACUUCAUCGAAACGCUGGACGACCGGGAUUUAGCUGAUCAUCUCGCACUUCUGAGGAUCCCCGAUGCAGACGCCCUCGAGGAGGUGUUGCGAUCUCGCCAGCGUGCGAAGGCCCGGCAGGUCAAGUCGGUAUAUGGCUCAAUCAAACCUCGCCAGAAGUAUUCCAACGCGACUGUACCUACGCGUGCAGUUAAAGCGGUCCAUGCUGCUGGAACCAGUAGCGACUCGGAGAUCGAGACGUCUGAAACCGAUGAUGACGAGGACCUGGGCCGAGUGUACAUGACUACAGCGGGGGACCACGACAAACGUCAAGAUCGAAGCCACCCGAGUCAAGAUCGACAAGAAAUCCGUGAUCAUCCAGGAGACCGACACCCAAGAUCGAAGGACUUGGGGACGGUGACCAAGCGCUGCUCGCACUGCGGAUCGAAGAAGCAUGACGAUCUUGGCUGCUUGGGACGCUUGACGUGCGGGAAAUGCGAACGCAGAGGCCACCCGACGGACCGAUGUUUUUACGUUUGCAAGGCUUGCGGGGAGAUUCAUGAAGCUGGGGAGUGUCCAAAGGAAGAAUUCUACAACCUGAUUCGUCAAUGGUUCAACCCCGACAAGCAUUGA